GCCGUCCUGAAAGCAAUGCCCAGGGUCUUCCUUGUGAGGAGUCGGCGUCCUCAACCACCUAACUGGAGCCGUGUGCCUGACCAGCUCAGGGGAGAUGCCUAUGUCCCAGACUGCUGCAGCCUGGCAGUGCCACCAGCGCACAGAUCUCCUGGUCUGAGAGACACUUGGGAAACCUCACAGGGAACACUGACCUCUGCUCCCAGGGCGCCGGGGACACUUGGCUGCCCACUUUGCCCCAAAGCUUUCCCACUGCAGCGCAUGCUGACGCGGCACCUCAAAUGCCACAGCCCAGCACGGCGCCACGUGUGCCACUGCUGUGGGAAGGGCUUUCACGACGCCUUCGACCUCAAGCGUCACAUGAGGACUCACACUGGCAUUAAACCUUUUGAAUGUAACGAAUGUGGAAAAGCCUUUAGCCAAAAGCAGUAUGUCAUUAAGCAUCAGAACACUCAUACUGGAGAGAAGCUUUUUGAGUGUAGUGAUUGUGGAAAGUCCUUUAGCCAGAAGGAAAACUUGCUUACCCAUCAGAAAAUUCACACUGGAGAGAAACCUUUUGAGUGCAAAGACUGUGGGAAAGCUUUCAUUCAGAAGUCAAACCUCAUCAGACAUCAGAGAACUCACACAGGAGAGAAACCCUUCAUAUGUAAGGAGUGUGGGAAAACCUUCAGUGGCAAGUCAAACCUCACUGAGCAUGAGAAAAUUCAUAUUGGUGAGAAACCCUUUAAAUGUAAUGAAUGCGGAACAGCUUUUGGUCAGAAAAAGUACCUCAUAAAGCAUCAAAACAUUCACACUGGAGAGAAGCCCUAUGAAUGCAAUGAAUGUGGGAAAGCCUUCUCUCAGCGAACGUCACUUAUUGUGCAUGUGAGAAUUCAUUCAGGUGAUAAGCCUUAUGAAUGCAAUGUCUGUGGGAAAGCCUUCUCUCAGAGUUCAUCUCUAACAGUGCAUGUGAGGAGCCACACCGGUGAGAAGCCCUACGGUUGUAAUGAAUGUGGGAAGGCCUUUUCUCAGUUCUCAACCCUGGCCCUGCAUUUGAGAAUACACACCGGUAAAAAGCCUUACCAGUGCAGUGAGUGUGGGAAAGCUUUCAGCCA